ACUACGACAUGCUGAUGCUCCGCGCCUGCGGCGCCGGAGCUCCGGCGUCUGUGCCCGCGCUCAUCAGGGCGCGCCUCGCAAAGUCAAAGCCUACGUCCUCCUUCGCAGCUUCCGCCACUGCCUCCUCCGCAGUCGCCUCCUCCUCCGUCCUGGAAGAGCUCGCCGCCGACCGCAAAGGUUUGGCAAGAGUCGUGUUGAAGAAGGGCAAGACUCAAAUUUUCCGAGAUGGGAGUCCAAUGGUUUACAGUGGUGCUGUUGAUAGAAUAAUUGGUCGGCCUCCUCCGAAAACUGGUGAUGUUGUUUUGGUAGCUGAUGGGUCAGAGAAACCUAUUGGGUGGGGUCUCUACAACUCCGUGUCUAUGUUUUGUGUUCGGCUAAUGCAACUAGAAGAAGAGGCAAAAAGAGAUCCAACAUCCGCAUUAAAUAUGGAAAGACUGCUCGAAGAAAGGAUUACUUCUGCAGUGGAUUUACGUCGUAGUUUGGGUCUCCCAUCAACUAAUACAAACGCGUACCGUCUCAUCAAUAGUGAAGGCGACAGAUUGUCUGGUCUGAUAGUAGAUAUAUUUGAUGAUGUUGCUGUGAUUGCUUCAUCUGCUGCUUGGGUUGAGAAAUAUAGACAACAAAUCGAGUUCCUUGUUAACAAAUUUAGUGAUGUCAACUAUAUAAAGUGGAGGUCAUCAGCUGAUAUUCUGAAAGAAGAAGGAUUAGAUAUGUCAGAACAAAAAGAGCCUGCACCCUCUUCACACUCUGGAUCCGUGAAGGUGAUGGAAAAUGGCAUUGUCUAUCUAGUCUCUAUGGAGGGGCAGAAGACAGGGUUUUAUGCAGAUCAACGGGAGAGCCGCGAUUUCAUAUCCACACUCUCCAGGGACCAAAAGGUUCUUGACCUUUGCUGCUACAGUGGAGGAUUUGCCCUGAGUGCAGCAAAGGGCGGUGCUACUAAAGUUAUUGGCAUUGAUUCAUCAGGAUCAGCACUAGACCUUGCCAAUGAGAAUAUUCUUCUGAAUAAGUUCGAUCCUGAGAGAAUUUCGUUCAUGAAAGAAGAUGCAUCUGCAUUCAUGAAAGGUGCUAUCUCAAGAAAUGAGCUGUGGGACUUGGUAGUCCUCGAUCCUCCAAAGUUGGCACCUCGGAAGAAGGUGCUACAAAGUGCAUCCGGUAUGUACAGAAGCUUGAACGCUCUUGCAAUGCAAGUGGUGAAGCGAGGGGGCUUACUCAUGACGUGCUCUUGUUCUGGAGCUAUGACCCAAAGUGGUCUCUUCCUUAAAACCGUUCAGGGUGCUGCAUCAAUGGCUGGUCGAAAGGUUACAGUUCUACGUCAAGCAGGUGCAGCUUGUGAUCAUCCCAUCGAUCCUUCAUAUCCCGAAGGCCAAUAUCUCAGCAAUUACUUACUCCGAGUAAUGUGAAACGGAAACAGCCAAAACACUCUACUGACCAGUGACCAUUUCCGGAGUUGUACUUUAGUCUGAUGUCAUCCUUAAUUCCUACAGGGUAGAUCUAGGAAUUUUCAGAAGAACAUAUGUAUCUUGUAGCCCUUUAUAGAUUGGAAUUCCUUAUAGAUUCUCUUAACAAUUUGUAUUGCAGAGUAUUAUUAUUUUAUACAGAUUCAAAAACAA